AUGGCCUCCAGUAGUAUUCCUUGUAUCCGCUCCGCCAUAGAUGAUCUGGGGUUCCUGAGGAACAUUUGUGGAUUUUGGAAGCGUCAUUUUUUCCACACCCCAAUAGGGGGCCUAGCAUUUCUGAGAACAUUUCUUCUGUGCGCAAGAAAGUGUAGUAAUCAUGUUGAUGCAAAUCUAGCAGCUCUGCUAGUUAGGAUUGAAGAUGUCAUAUCCAGAAGGGCACAGGAGAUUCACUCCUUUCGUCUCGCUACUUUGGAAGGUGACAAAUUUCCAGAUGACGUUGUGCGUACUGCCUAUCAAUUAGUAAAAGAAAUCGGAUCUUUCAAUCAAGAAAUAAACCAUUGGUACGUUGUUUUCUCAGAUUGCUCGUCAGGGCAGUCUACUGAUUCCCUUGUCAAUAAAGAUGACCUUAUGGAACUCAUGGACUCUCUUCUGGAGAAUCUGGUGGAUUUCAGUUAUUGGCAAAAUGCUCCAGAUCUGGAAGUAGUAGAACACACCGGAGCCUUUAGAGUGAAGCUUACAUUCUUGAAAAACUUUCUGCAUUUUAUCACUCUGCAUGAAGUUGAAGAUGGGCAAUUGGAACUGUUAUUGACUCGUACUGAAGCUGUGGCUGUUAAUGUAGCAAGACAUAUUUUUAUGUGCGGGUCUAUCAAGUGUAAAGAAGAGCUGAUGCAAAUCAAGAAUGGAGACUCUUGCAAACUGAUGCAGAAUAUUGUUCCCGUAGAGACUUGCAAGGCCCUGAUUGCUUCUAAUUUAUCAAGCCACUCAGACAGGGAAAUAGAUGAGCAGAUGUUGAAGGACUUCGUGGAUAUGCUCUUAUCUAAUCUAUGGGACAUAUUAAAGUCUGGUACUUGUCUUAUGAUUCAUCUAAGAGAUCAACUGCAAAAGCUUUAUGAGGGACUAAGAUCCGUGAGAAACAUUCUCAAGGAGAAGCCAAAGAAAUUUGAUGAAAAAAUGAGAGAUCUUACUGGACUUGUGGUCCAUGAUGCAGGACUGGCUAUUUUCUCUCUUUCUCUCAACGCAAUGAAUGACGAAUUGGUCAACGAAAUGCAUCUUGUAUCUUCUGAUUUGCUAGAAAACUUUAAGGUUAUCCAGGCAACAGUUGCAGAGGAAUUCCCAAAAAGAUCAUCCUUCAAAUUUCCUAGGACCAAUGAGUUGGGAUUUAUCGAUUUUCUUCUGAAAUACAUGAUGGAUUUGACAAGUCCUGAGGCAAGUUCAGUUGCUUUCGUAAGCUAUCCAAUUCAAACAAUCCAGGAAGAACUUGUUUUCUUGCGCUCUUUUCUGCAAAAAAUUGUGGAGUUGCGCAAUGAAAAUGAGGAGCUUCAAUCACUUUGGGAUCGUGUUGUACAGGUAGCAUAUAGGGUGGAAUUUCUUAUCGACUCCUUACUGGUUGGAUAUAUUCUGGACUCUUCCUCAAUGUCCUUUGAUUCCGUUGUGGAAGAAAUUAAGAUCAUCAAAGCUCAAGCCUUGAAUUUUCAUAGCAAAAUGCUUGAUCUCAAAGUUGAGGGAGUUACCAAGAGAAUCGAUCACAUGCCAUCACAGGGAAGUAAGCCAAUGAUCAACGACGUGGUGGUGGGAUUCAAGGAUGAGGCAACAUCGAUAAUCAAUCGCCUCACAAGAGGAUCACGCCAGGUGCAAAUAGUUCCCAUUGUAGGUAUGCCAGGACUUGGUAAGACAACUUUAGCUAAAAAAAUUUACUAUGAUGCUUCAGUCAUGUACCAUUUUCAUACGCGCGCUUGGUGUACCGUUUCUCAAGUUUAUCACAAGAAAAAUCUGUUGCUUGAAAUUUUGACUUGUAUUGAUUCCAAGCUUUCCAAAAAAUUUUUUGAGAUGAGUGAAGAAGAUCUGGCUCAUCAAGUCAAAAAAUGUUUGCUAAGGAACAAAUAUCUUAUUGUUUUGGAUGAUGUAUGGGACAGUGAAGUAUGGAAAGGAUUGGAAGCGUCAUUCCCUGAUGAUGGAAAUGGAAGUAGAGUUAUCUUGACAAGUCGACUCUGUGAUAUUGCUCCUCAAGGUAAACUCGACCAAGAGCCUCAUUCUCUUCGUCGACUCACUCAUGAUGAGAGCUGGGAUCUGCUACAAGAAAAGUUUUGUCCUGGAAAAGAUUCGCUUCCUCCAGAAUUAUGUGAACUCCGGACCCAGAUUUUGGAAAUGUGUCAAGGAUUACCUCUUACUAUUGUCAUUCUUGCUGGAAUUCUAGCAAACAUGGAGCAAUCUGGCUGGAAGGAGGUUGUGCAAAGUUUAAGUUCAAGCAAUAUUUCUAGUACAGAACAAUGCACUGCUGCAUUGGAGUUGAGUUACAGACAUUUACCAGACAAUUUGAAGCCAUGUUUCCUUUAUUUUGGAGGAUUUCCAGAAGACCAUGAACACACUAUCGAGAGGUUGAUUUGGUUAUGGGUGGCCGAAGGAUUUGUGCAAACAACUCGUUCAAAGAGCGCAGUGGAUGUGGCAAAUGAUUUUAUGUUGAAUCUCAUAGGCAGGAGCUUAGUCAUGGUAUCUAAACAAAGAUGCACUGGGGGAGUCAAAGCUUGUCGGAUUCAUGAUUUGUUACAUGAGUUUUGUGUGACAAAAGCCAAAGAAGAAAAGUUUCUGCAGUUGGUACGUGGGUAUGAUGAACUUUAUGCUUUCAAUGUGCCACACCACCUACGCCGCUUAUGCAUCAAUUCUAAGCCGGAGCACUUCCAAGAGUCAAGGCUAUCUAUCCCGGCUGUUCGAUGUUUAUUGUUCUUCAAAUUUGGACCAAGGGAACCAUACACUUGGUUUGAUCUUUCAUUCAUCUUUCAGGUCUUCAAACUUCUCAGAGUGUUAGAUUUAAGCCAAAUAAAUCUAGGAGCUACUCUUCCUAGAGAAAUAGGGUCGCUUGUUCAGUUGAGAUACUUGGCAGUUCUUGGUAAUAUGAAGUCCAUCCCAUCAUCCAUAACCAAUCUCUCGAAUUUGGAAACUCUUAUUCUGGAAAUAUAUGGUUGGCUGAUUUCUUUGCCGGAUACUAUAUGGAAUAUGAAAAGGCUAAGGCAUUUACAUUUGAAGGACGAAAGCCUAAGGGGAGGUUUCGAUUUGCCCACGGAAAAUCUUGACAACUCUUCACAGUUGUGCAAUUUGGACACUUUCUCCUGGGUAAGCCUUUCUUCUUGGGAAAACAUGGACAAGAUACUCAGAAAAAUUCCAAACAUCCGCAAGCUGAAAUGCAGGCUCUAUGUAGAUUGUGAUCCUGCUAAGGAGGGUAGCUACAAGAUUCUAGUACUUGACUUUCUAGGUCAACUAGAAUCGCUCAAUCUAAGAUUCAGAACAGAAAUUGACGAGCGCUAUCCCUUUGAGUUUCAUUUCUCUUUGACUAUUAAAAAAUUGACUCUCUCUGGCUUUUGCUUGCCUUGGAGUGAUAUAUCUGCAAUUGCAGAUCUACCCAAUCUUCAGGUUCUCAAAUUGCUCGAGCAAACCUUUGUCGGGGAAGAAUGGAACAUGAAAGAAGAGGAAUUCCCCAAACUUCAAUUCUUGAAAUUAGCUUCGUUGGACAUUGUUAAAUGGACUGCCUUGGAGUGCGAGAACAGUUUUCCUCGUCUGCAGAAAUUGGUAUUGGAAAACUGUUAUAAUUUGGCGGAGAUACCAUCUUCUUUGGGAAAUGUUUCAACUCUUGACAUAAUUGAGCUGUCUGAUUGUCCCAACUGUGCAAGUUCAGUAAAUGAAGUUCAAGAAGAACAAAUCAGCAUGGGAAACACUGAUUUCAAGGUUAUUUCAUCGUCAAGGGAUGUACUUUCUUUGUAUAUUUCUGAAUUACUUUUGUCGUCAGACAUGCAUUAA